AUGGCUUCUCAGGCGGCGCUGCUGUGCGUGUGUGCGGCUGUGGGCGUGGCCAGCGCGGGCUUCCUCGGCUCCCCGGCCGUCUCCUACUCGGCGGCUCCCGCUGUCCACACGACCCCGGCGCUUCCAGGAGCGCUGGCGUCGGCCAGGGCUGACGCAGACUACGACCCGAACCCGCAGUACAGCUUCAGCUACAGCGUGAGCGACGCGCUGACGGGCGACGCCAAGCAGCAGCAGGAGAGCCGCAGCGGCGACGCCGUGCAGGGCAGCUACAGCGUCGUCGAGCCGGACGGCGCCGUCCGCACCGUGCAGUACUCGGCCGCGCCCGGCGCCGGCUUCAACGCCGUCGUCUCCCGCUCCGACGGCGCACCACCGCCUCCCGCGCCCGCCAGGGUCGCCGCGCCCGCGCCCUUGCCUGGCCGCCUGGUGCCGCUCCCCGCCGCCCUGCCGCGUUUGGCGCCUCUGCCGCCCCCAGCCGCCCCCGCCGCUGUCAUCGUCAAGGCUCCCGCAGUGAUCGCCGCCCCCGCUAAGAUAGCGCUGGCGUCCCCAGCCGCUCUGCACGGCGCGCCACUCAAGAGCUCGCACACCGCCGUCACCACUUCACACGCCAGCUACCACUGGUACCCAAUUCUGCAGCUCGACAACUUGGGAAGGAUAGUGGCGGCGUCGGUGGCGGCGUCGGGGGCGACGUCGGGGGCGGCGUCGGGGGCGGCGGGGUCGGCACGUCCACGGCGACAGCCCGCCGGCAGCGGCCACCUGCUGAAUAAUGCAUGCGCGGGCGUGACCCGUGAAUUAUGUAGCGCUUACCUGCGCUUCUAA